AUGGACAAAAAGGACGAAACCGCGACUCUCAAGCCCAAGGUGACCAAUCCUCCGUCGCGGCCAGUGGCCAGGACUCCGGCUUCAAGAUUAUCUACUACGACCAGACCGGCCGCUACUUCUAAUUCUACCUCGUCGACCGCUAGACCUGCCGCUGGAAGUUCAUUGAGCAAACCGCCGGCCAGACCGACUGCUGCGAGUACGACCGUGCGAAAGACACCUGGCACAGCCUCGACCCCCUCAAUUGCAACACAUAAGAAAAGAGAAUCAGAUACGUCGGUGGAGGAGAAGCCGUCUGGCGACGAGAAGAGCAAGGAUGGCAUAUCUGCAAGACCAAAGAGGAUGUCCUUGGCUCCCUCCACGACUUCUGAUCGGGCCUCUACCUCUAGAUCGGUUGCUCCCACUCCUGCUCGACGUACCUCAAUGCAAACUGCAGCGACGUCGAGUCGACAGAACACUAGCAGCCCAGUCGGUGCGAGGAAGGUAGCUGCCACUCCGAGCACCACUCGUACCUCGGUGUCGACUCCUUCUACCGCACGAGCAAGGCCCCUCACCUCCUCAAGAAGUUUAGGCACCGGCGCUCUUGCGGACAAGAAACGCCUGAGCACGAUUCCUGCUUCUCCCGCAGUCAAGGCCGGAGUGGAAGAGCUGGAAGAAAACAAGGAAAAUGCAAAAUCGGCUGCAGAAGAGAAAGCAUCUGGGACCGCUCGUCCACCACUGGGUUCGAGGAAGUCCACCAGGUCGCUCUUGAUAGAGCAGCGAAUAAGGGAGUUCGAGCUUGUCAACAGCAUGUUGCGGGCAGCCAUGACCGCGGACGGCGCCGAUGAACAAGAACAACAGUCCAUGGAUGAUGACGCCGCAAGUAAGAUUGCGAAACUGAAGUCAGACCUUGCCAAGGUCCGGACAUUCGAAAGGACUCACGGUCGAGUACCCACAGCCGCGGAGUUAGAGGAGGUACAAUCGGUGGAUGAAGAAACACUUCCUGAAUCCGCGGUCGAAGCAGACAAACCUCAAUCGGAAAAUCUUGCGGCUGCAAUCGUAAGCGAAUUGCAGGACGACACCAGCCAAGCCCAAGUCGCCUCUUUACAGGCGGAGCUGCUUGACUUAAAGGCCAAACUGGAACGAUUCACCAAUCGCGCGGAGGAAGAGAGCGCUCGCGACUUGGAUGCUCUAGAAGAUAUCCGAACCGCGCACGCCACCGAAAUUGAACAGCUUUCAUCACUCCACGAAACGAAAGUCUCGGAAAUGGAGCGUGCACAUCAAGAAGAGCUGCGACAGCUUUCCCAGGGGCACGAUAAUAAAACAGAACAGCUUACUCUCGAACUGGCGCUUGCACAAAAGGAGAUCGAUCAGUCCAAGUCGCAACUGGAAGAACUUCGCAGUGCGGCUGCUGAGCAGGCUUCGGCGAAGGAUAGUAAUGCGCAGCUGCAAAAGGAAAUGGAGACCAAGAUCGCGACCCUCGAAGCUGACUAUCAAGCGCGGCUUGCCGAGAGCCAGGGCAAGCUUGAGGAGGUGGGCGCAGAGGUUGCGAACAAACAGCAAGAGAUCGUCCAUCAACAGGAAGAACUUGCCAAAAUCAAUGGGCAAAUAUCCCGACAAAACGAAGUCAUCCAAUCUUUGAAAAGUCAAGUUUCCGAAUUUCAACAAGCAAAGGGUGAAGAAAGCAGUGCUCAGGCAGCGCUAGUUCGUGCGCUCGAGGACCAGAUCAAAGCUCUACAGCAAGAAAAAGCUGAUGCGAACGCCGCGGCCGCCACAUCUCUUGCGGCCGCCGAGGAAGCCCACACAGCAGAAAUAGACGCCAUCAAGCGGCAAUUGAGCGACGCUCAAGAGGAACUGAAGAGUGUACAGAGCUCGCAAGAAAGCGAAGUGCAAAAAGUGUUGAAGAAAGCUGAAGCCGACUUGGCCGUCGUCAACAGCGAGCUUGAAAGCAGUAGAGUCUCGCACUCGAGUAGAAUCCAAGACCUCGAAGCUCAGUUGCAGAAGGCUAGGGAAGAAGCGGAGACGAGAGAUUCGGGUCAUGAAGAGGCUCUUGCUGCGUUGCAAAGUCAAGUAGAUGCGGCCAAAACCGCUCUCGACGAGGCUACCGCGAAUCAGGACAAAAUUUUGAAAGACUACGAGUCUCAACGCGAGUCUGCUCGAGAGGAACUUGCCGCACUGAAAUCCGCUCAUCAGAAGGAGCUCGAGAACCUUCUGUCGAGCUCACAAGCGAAACAGGAGGAAGAAGUUGUGACACUGAAAUCCGGCCAUGCUGAGCAUGUGCAACAGCUUGAGCAAAAGCUCCACGACUCGCAGAAAGAAGUAUCAGCCCUCAAGCAAACGCACUCUUCCCAAAUCAAGCAGCUGGAGAACCAGAUGAGCGCGUCCCUCAAAGAUUUGGAGUCUAUUGAAGCUGGGCAUCUGCAACAACUCGAUCGCGUGAAGUCCGAGGCAUCGGAGUCGCAACAGAAGGCCGUUGAGGAGGCCGAGAAGGUUCACAUUGAAAGGGUGCGGAAUCUGGAACAGCAGCUCAAUGCUGUUGAGGCCGAGUUGGCAGAUGCCAAAUCGACCCAUUCGAAGCAGCUUGAGGAGCUGAAGCAGCAGCGAGCUAACGAGCAUGAAAUUGCGCUGAACGCUUUGAAGGAUUCGCACGCCGCCACAGUCAAGGACUUGGAAGAUCAGCUCAAAUCUGCUCAAGAAUCUCUCGAAACAAUCAAAGGCGACCAUGCAAAGCAACUCAGCGAGUUGGAAGAGCAGAUCUCCUCUCGUCACGCCGAAACAAUAACUGCUCUAAAAGCUGAGCAUGCGCAACAGCUUGAAGAUGUGGAAAGCAAGACGAAGUCUUUGCACGAGGAAGCGCUGGACGAACUACGGUCGAGCCUCGCGGAAGAGAAGCGUCAGCUGGAAUCACAAGCAAGGUCUCUCCAACAGGAGCUGGAGGGUAACAGAUUCCAGACACAGAUGGUGAAAUCCAUUCUUGAAAACACCGAAAAGGAAGCCAAGGAAAAAGAGGACGAACUCAAUGAAGCCCUCGAGAAACUGAAAGCAGACAUGUCAACCUCGGUUAUCAAACUUGCACGAAUGAGUGAGCUCCAGAUGCAACAUGAUCAAGUAUUGGAGACGAAGAAGGCUUUGGAGGCCCAGGUGGAGGAGGACAUGGAGGCCUUGCGCGCUGAACACGGAAAGGCCCUCACCAAGCUUGAGAACACGCUGAGGGGACAACAUGAGCAAGCCAUCCAGAGGGUGCGCGAGGAGCAUACCGAAUUAAUCGAGUCCAACCAAGCCGCGAACCAGACUCGGUUCGAAGACCUUCAGAAACGAAUGAAGGAAGAACACGAUAACCAAUUGGACGAGAUCAUGAAGACGUUGGAGAGCCAAUGGAAGGCCCAAGUUGACCAACUGGAGGAGCAAAAUGCGGCCGCUAGUGCCCGCCUUGCGGAAGCCGAGAAACAACAUGAGGAAGCCUUGCGCAAAGCCAAAUCGGAGCACGAAGCCGCACUUACGCAACUGCAAGCGGAAUUGGAGACCGCGCGCAAUGCCGCUGAGUCUAGGGAGUCGUCAUCUGCACAGCUGGACGAACUUCGAACUCAACUUGAAGAAGCACAGGCACAGGCCCAAGAAGUCGAGAAAAGACACCACGAAGCAAUGGUUCUAGCACGCGAGGAGCGAGAAUCUGCUCUGGCGGCGAUCAAGCAGGAGCUCACUGAUGCAAAGGAAGCUGCGGCGCAGCGACCUGAUCCAUCCCAGCUGGAGGAAUUGAACAAGAAGUACUUGACUGCCCAAAAGGAGCUUCAUGAACUGCAAGAGAAGCAUGACCACGCGAUCCGCGAGGCGAAGACAGAAUACGACACACAACUCGAAAGAGUCCUUACCGAACUCAACGAUGCCAAACUGGCGGUGCAGGGCGCCCCAGAAUCAGAGCAUGGCGACACCAUCAAGGCGAGCCUCGAUGAAGCAAAGAAGACCAUCCUGUCACUUGAAGCCGAGCUGGAAGGAGCAAUGCUUGAGAUCGAAACCCAACGCAAUCUUGCCGAAAGUGCCCAGAAGGAAGUGGAGCGAUUCAAGGCUGAAGCUACUGCGCUUCCAAGCCCCAAGCCUGCUGGGAAGUCGGUGAAUCCCCUUUCUCCUGCAUCUCCCAAACAAGGUCUGGAAUCUAGUCGAUGGGCUAGCCCUCCAGAAGCAGCGCCUGAAGACGCCGCAGCGAGCUCCGUGGCUAACGAGACGAUGCCUGCAGCCGGUCAGGAAGAAGCUCCCGCCCCAGCAACAAACGGGAAAGGUCGUAAUGUUGCAGGCCAACUGGCGGGCAUCCAGGAGCAAAUCAAGCAACUGGACGACCUGAGUGAAGACUUUCUCGAAGAGCACCAGAAGAUGGCCGGGAUUUUGAGUCGUGUGGACGAUCAGACUCAGACUGGAACGACGGAUGUUGAACAGGACGACGAGGAUUUAGAUUAG